AUGUCCUCUUCUUUGAAUACCGACAAUUCUGAGCCCGAAGACGUUGACUUCUCACUGUUCUUGAAUCUAGACGGCCCACAGACCGACCGAUGUGCACAUGAUGAUCUAAUCAGAUCCGAAUCCCAAUCUGUGACUUGGGACCAGGGGACACUUAUGUGUUAUGCCGAGGCAUCAGUCAACGUAGACAAUUGGUGCCCGAAUGACCUUACGGAGGGUUGGCCUUGCCAAGAUAUCUUCCAGUAUGAGGCCCACCCCAACGGAGACAGCUCGGGGCAACAAACGGCUGCUUCCUCGCUUUUCGCCUUUUCAGAAAGAUCUUCAGUUGCAGGUGAAGUCUCGUCGGACAACAAUCCUUCUGCCGAACUUCCCAAUAAGGCCAAGAAGAGUAGACGCCUCCCUUCGGACGCCGUAAGGGUUCUACGGUCCUGGUUCUAUGAAAAUCAAGGCCAUCCAUAUCCCACCGAUCAGCAAAGAGAAGAACUGGAACGACAGACUGGGCUGAAUAAAAGCCAGGUCUUCAACUGGUUCGUGAACGCGAGGCGCCGUAAAUUACCCAAAAAAGAUGCUACACGCGAUAUCAACUCCAUGGACCACAAAUUACUCUCUCCAUUUGAACGAUGGCAGCACUCACCACCCGAAAACGAGCCAGCUGCAGCAACCGACAUUCUACGAGCAGCGGAAAAUACGCCGUUUUCCCACCAUGCUGGUGAUACCAUGCCGUACAACAACCUCAACGGCUGGUCAAGUAGUAGCGCGACCAGUUCAUUUCAAUUCGGAGCAUCUUCAAUAAGCAGUGAUAAUCGAAGUCACUCAUCUGCUUCUGCACGAUCUUCUCAACUAUCGAGUGGUCCCUACCAAAGACCACCCACCCCACUCCCGAAGAUGGGAUUUAGUCGUCCCCGCCGCAAAGCCAGACGUUCCGCUAACCGCUUGGCCCAGUCGACGGCGCCUGAACGUCGCGCCUACCAGUGUACUUUUUGCGCAGACUCAUUUCGGAGCAAAUACGACUGGCAGCGACAUGAGAAGGCACUCCAUCUCUCGAUCGAGCGGUGGAACUGCGCGCCGGCAGGUGGUAUAGUUGAGAUUAACGGGCUGAACAUCUGUGUCUUUUGCCGUGCGCCUAGUGAGAAUGCUGGUCAUCUCGAAACGCACGACUACCUCGCAUGUCGAGAAAAACUGCCUGAACAUCGCUCAUUUUCGCGGAAAGAUCACCUAGUACAGCAUCUCCGCCUGGUUCACAGCGUACCUUAUCAUCCGUCGAUGGACGAAUGGCGAGUCUCAACUGCUACACUUCUAUCGCGGUGCGGAUUCUGCGACUCGAGAUUCACAAGUUGGAAAGAAAGAGUCGAGCACGUGGCCGAGCACUUCAAGAAUAAAGCAGACAUGUCUCAGUGGGUGGGUGAUUGGGGCUUCGAGCCGCAUAUUCAAUGCCUGGUGGAAAAUGCAAUGCCGCCUUAUCUGCUUGGUCUGGAGCGCCGCACAAUGGAUCCCUGGAAAGCGUCUGUGAUGGAACAGGAACAUCUUGAAAAUAGGUGUUCGUUGGGCGAUAAUAAGGCCCCGGAAGCCUUGGAUCGUUAUUUCAGUGUCCGCCAGGAUCUAGUCACCUAUCUCCAGGGCCAGAUUGCAGCGGGCAAUGAUCCUUCGGAUCAGAUGAUGCAAGAUCAUGCUCGUAUGUUUGCGUAUGGGAAUGAUGAUCCUUUUAAUCAGACAUACGCAGAUCAACCGGGAUUCCUGGCGACUCUCAGGCGUGAUGUUGCCAGUGGUUUAACGUUAGGAAAUGAAAUCAAUGAAGAGGACGAAAGAGACAGGUCGGCUGUUCUUGAAUUCUGA